AUGACAGAGGCCAGCAGCAGCAUCCCGGGCUGCAUCAGGAGGAAGGUGAUCCUUCCUCUCUACCAGGCACUGGUAUCAGCCACAGUAAAGAAAGAUUUGACAACGUUCUUCCCUGAUUUAUUUUACUAUAAGUUAUUAUACAUAAAUGAAGAUAAUUCCUUGCAUUUCCCUUCGUUUAAAAUCAAACACGCGUUAAAAGCACUGCUGCUAUACACAAGCCCUGGGCCAAACUUCUCACGCUGUGCGGAGGGGUUCCAAGAGAAGCCGGGAGGGACGGGAAGCACUGGAGGGCCGUGCUGGCUUCCGGGAGCGGCGGCUCAACGGGCCCCAGCAGCCCCGCAUAUUUACCGGACCGCAUGCCUCCGGCGGGCCCCGCGGAGUGCCAACCUCCCCCUGUCGGGCUGCGCUCUCGGUACCUGGGGGCACCGCCGGCAGCGUCCCACCGGCGUGGCGGGGGCUGGGCCGGGACGUAAAGCCCAGAGCGAGAGCAGAGGCCUGCCCCGGCCCACUGCCCCUUACGGCCCGGGCCCCGGCGAGCUGCGAACCCGCUCCGGCCCCGCAUGGCCACGAAAGGAGCCCGACCAGCGACUGCCGCCGAGAGCUGGGCGGCAGAGUCCGCGGUCCGCGCAGGGCGGGCGGAGAGCACCCAGGGCGAGGGGAGGCACUGACCUGCAGCACGGCGGGGAGGUCAGCGCCGAGGGGCCCCCACCGGCCCCGCUGCCGCCGAACCGCUCCACCGCGCCACCUCAGCACCGGAACGCGCCGCCGCCACUUCCGCCUCCGGAGGGGCCUCGCCCCCGGCGCAAAGAAACCAAUCAGCUGCGGCGGUUGAAAGAUAGACGUGACGGCCAGGCAAUCGCGACGGAGCAGCUGCCUCGGCGCCAUGGUUGUCCUGCAACAUGGCACAUUGUGACCAAUCCCGAGGACGCUGUGGGUUCCCGCCCAAUAACAAGGCAGCGACCAAUCAGUUGCGGCGUUUCGUGCCGGACCGAAACGUUGGUCCAUCAGUGGGAAGCACAGAGAAUGUGUGGGCUUAGACAUCCAGCCUACCCAUCCUGCCUCUCCGUGCCUGGUCUCCCCAGCUGCUGACACCUGGACAUGCCAGACCCUGUGAGGUGCACAACCCUGCCACAGCCACCAGUACAGAUUCCAUUGCACACAACAGCAUGCAAACAGACAUGUACACUGGGUGCUCAGGAUGCAGAGAAACACAGAUAGGUGGGUCACCCUCAACCCUACAUCCUCAGUCCAAUAGUCAGCUACUCCAGUGGUCUCAUUAACAGAGACACACACACACAUGUUUCACAGACUACUUGGCCUAUUUGCUGGCUAGUCUGGCUUGAUAUUUACUAGUGAUCACAGACUGACAUGGUCUCACUCAAUCCAGUUGUAGGCACUUAAAUCCCCAUGCAUACAUAUGCCCAGA